CGGUAAAAUUUCCUGAGCAAACCAACACAACAAAGCAGAGGACUGGGAAGUGUUGUUAACUCAGUGUGUUAGCAGUGCUGUUUUGUUGACUUUGCUUAUGCUUUUACUGAAAGCUCGUCGUAUUAUUUAACAAAAAGGGCGAGCAUCUUCCCCUUACGUGCCAAAAAAAGAUAUUUCGAAACCAAGCAACGCAACUUCAUAACUUGUUAGCUUAGCAUUAUUUUUGCUAGCUACUAUUGGCUACAUCAAUCUAGUUUGCUAAUAAUCAGGUUAAUCAAACAAAGUAUGGCUGAAAACGCAAAUAGUGGCUCUGGUCUUCCUCCAGGAGAUCCCCAGCUCAUCACACUAAUCGUGGAACAUCUAAAGAACCGAGGUCUUUUCGACGAGUUCAGGAGGGACUGUCUAGCAGACGUGGACACCAAGCCAGCUUAUCAGAAUUUGCGGCAGAAAGUGGACAACUUUGUAGCUAAUCACCUGAGCACACAGGACUGGAGUCCAUCCAUCAACAAGAACCAAGUGCGCAAUGGUCUGCGACAGAGUGUAGUACAGUCUGGAAUGUUGGAGUCUGGUGUGGACCGAAUUAUAACUCAGGUGGUGGAUCCAAAGCUGAACCAUAUUUUCCGUCCACACAUUGAGAAAGCAAUUCAUGACUUCCUGGACUCAGAGAAGAAAGAAGAAGGAGUGUUGAAUUCAUCGACCGACACAGAGCAGCAAGAUGCUGCUAGCAACACCAGCACAACAAAGGCACAAUCAUUUAACACCAUCAUUCCAUCCAAGUUAAUAGCCAGAUUAAUAGAUCUGGGCAUUAACACCACAACUUGCAACUGGAUUAUGGACUUUCUGACCAACAGACCCCAGCAGGUUCGAUCAGGCUCCAUCUGCUCAAACACCAUCACACUCAACACUGGUGUACCACAAGGCUGUGUGUUGAGCCCCUUCCUCUACUCCCUCUUCACCUCCGACUGCAGGCCUGUGUAUGGAUCUAAGUCCAUCAUCAAGUUUGCAGAUGACACUACAGUGAUCCGUCUCAUCACCAACAAUGAUGAGACUGCCUACAGGGAGGAGAUCCAGCACCUAGCCACAUGGUGCAACGACAAUAACUUGCUCCUUAACACCUCCAAGAAAAAGGAGCUCAUUGUGGACUUCAGGAACGAGACAAGAGGGACACGACAUCCACAUCAAUGGGAUGGCUACCUGUCCUGGACUACCAACACCUCCAGCCUGGUCAAGAAGGCUCACCAGCACCUCUUUUUCCGUGAGGACACUAAAGAAAAAUCAGCUUUCCUUGGAUAUCCUGAGCGCAGGGCAUUGCAGCGGGUGGUGAAAACCACCCAGCGCAUCACAGGGACUCCACUUCCAGCCAUGGAGGACAUCCAGAAGAAACGCUGUCUGCGUCAAGCUCGCAGCAUUCUUAAGGAUUCCUCUCAUCCCGCCCAUAGACUGUUUUCACUUCUGCCCCCCGGCAGGCGUUUCAGGCCAAGCUGGGAGACUGACAACACCUGCUUGUCUCUUUCCUCAAACACUGGAGUUCUAGCCGACACACUGUGCAUCAUCCUCUGCAGCUCCACUUUUACGCAUCUGUUUAAUGCAGCACUUGCUUCUGCAUUGUUGGACAGAUUUAUUAGACUGCUAGACAUGCAUGUGAAUUUGGCUGUAGUUGUGCUUGUGUUGAUUGUACAGCGCAAAGUGGACACUGCGGAUUCCGCCGAUGUUUAUAACACCUCAUCGAAGGAGAGGCCUCUUAAUGCUCACAAAAGACGGUUAUCUCUAGAGGAUGCAGUGGAGAUCCAGCAGUGUUUGCUGAGCGCUGGAGAUGUCGGAUGCGGUACAUUUGAGUGUUUCACUAACAACUCCUGUGAGAUUCGGGGACUGCACGACAUCUGCAUGAGCUUCCUGCACAACGCCGGCAAAUUCGACUCUCAGGGCAAAUCAUUCAUCAAGGAUGCAUUGAAGUGCAUGGCACAUGGGUUCCGUCACAAGUUCAGCUGUGUCAGUCGCAAGUGUGUUUCUGUGAAGGAGAUGGUGUUCCAGCUGCAGCGCGAGUGCUACAACAAACACAACCUCUGCUCAGUGGUCAGGGAGAACACCAACGUCAUGAUGGAGAUGAUUCACUUCCAGGAUCUGUUUCCAAGAGGGCCUCACGUAGAACUGGUGAACAUCCUCCUGGGUUGUGGUGAGGAGGUGCGUGUUGCCAUUACCCACCGUAUUCAUGCACAGUGUGAGCAGAACUGGGGUGCCCUGUGUGCCAGCCUCAGCCUCUGCCUGCCUGAUCACAGCAGUAUCCAGACUGCGCCUACUGUCACGCCUGUUCCUGCGAUCAGCAGCUCCAACUUCCUGCCUCGUGCUAAAUCUCCUCUCUCACAGCAUGAUGUACAGCAGAUUUAGAUACUUUGCAAAGAAAACAAGGGCCUUUCUUAGCCUUCAGUACCUCGAAUGGACCACAGCGCAACACAUGUUGAGGCCAACAAGCAGGUCUGUUGAUGACACUCAGAAACUUAAUGGAACUAACAAAGUGUGUACAUACAGCAGUGUGUGCAUAAAGGUAACAUCUAGAGUAUUGUUCCUACCACAGUGUGAUGGUAUAUACACUGUAUCUGGAAUUUAGGAUGGAAACAGCCCAUGAAGUGACAGUUUCAGCU